AUGACAUUCAGGUAUUCUUCAGAACUAACACUGAACAUUUACGAAAAACCCCCACAAAAUCCAGAAUGGCUUCAAAAGUAAGAGAAUAUAGAUUUAAUCUUGAAUAAGAUUAAAUAACAUAAUUUGCUUAAGAGAAUUCAUUAUACUAAUAAUGAGCAGCUACAAGUAAUUUGAAAUAUUUUAUUUAAGGAAAAUGACCCUUUAUUACUCAGAAGUCAUAGACUAAACAAAAAAUUGGAGGAGUUCGAUCACUAUCAUGAAGAAUAGUUAGAAACUUAUAGAAAGAUUUUACAAUCUGAUAGGGAGCAAAUAACAAAUGCAACUUCUCAAAGAAGAAGAAUGGGUUCAUUUGUUAAACAUGUGAGAAGCAUUAGCACGACAGUUUUGAAGCCGUACUUAAUUUAUUUUUAACAGUAGACUUAUUUAAGUCAAUAAUAUUGUAAGUCUGUAAGGGAAUGAGAAAAGGUAGGAGAACCAGGUUACAAUUAGAUAAAAAAUUAAAUCAAUCCAAGAAAAUAGAAAAACAAUUGAGAAUUGCUCUAAAAGACUUUAAUAAUUAUUUAAAGAGGAUUCGUCAAACUAAGCUUCCAGAGUUUAGAGUCAUUUGGAAUAAAGAUCAAGAAAGAAAAAAAUUUCAAUUGACAUGAUUCGAAACCUUUAUUGA